AUGGCGGCUGCGGAGCAGGACCGGGAGCUGGACGAGCUCCUCGAGAGUGCCCUCGACGACUUCGAGAAGGCCGCGCCGCCCCCCCCGACGCCCCCCGCCCCCGGCAGCAGCGAGGCGCCGCCGUCGCCGCCGCCGGAGGCGCUGUUCUUCGCGGAGCUGUUCGAGGGCGAGCUGGCCUCGCAGGCCACGGCCGAGUUCGAGCAGGCCCUGCGCCGCCUCGCCCGCCAGGAGCCCCACCUCGUCCAGCAGUUCCACAGGCUCUCCCAGGCCGCCGGCAGAGUCGGGAGUGAUGCCACAUCUCAGCAAGAGUUCACUUCCUGCUUGAAGGAGACCCUCAGUGGCUUGGCCAAGAACGCCAACGACUUGCAGAAUUCCACGGCGGCUGAGGAGGAGCUGGCCAAGACCCUGGAAGGGCUGUGCCUGGAGGAUGGGGACGGCGAAGGCAACCUCCUGCCCCUCAUGCAGAGCGUCAUGCAGAACCUCCUCUCGAAAGACGUGCUCUACCCAUCCCUCAAGGAGAUCACCGAGAAAUACCCGGAGUGGCUCCGCAGCCACCGUGACUCCUUGCCCAAGGAGCAGUAUGAGAAGUAUCGGGAGCAGCACAGCAUCAUGGGCAAGAUCUGCGAGCAGUUCGAGGCGGAGCGGCCCACAGACAGUGACACAGAGCACAAGGCCCGCUUCGAGCUGGUCCUGGACCUGAUGCAGCAGCUUCAAGACCUGGGCCACCCUCCCAAGGAACUGGCUGGGGAAUCGGUGAGUUUAGCCUACCAAGGGGUCACCACUCCUGGCGUGGUGGCUGCUUUUCUGGUGGCUGCAGCCCCUUUGCCGCUCUGUGCCGUGGGCUUGCACGUGCCUCAGCCUGGAUGCUCCACCGGCCGGCUUCGGAGUGCGGCGCCCUCUUGCCGCGCGCCCCAGAGGAGCCGGCCCCCACUUCCGGUUACAGACCGGAAGCCGGUCUGCUCCCCCUCUUUCUAUGGUGCGUGCCGGAAGUGGCGCCGCGGCGGCCCCCCCGAGUGUCGUAAAAGUGCUCGGCUGCCGUCGAGCGCGACUGUCGGGAAGAGGAGCGGCGGCUGCGGGACGGGGCGGCGGUGGGGGGGGGGGAUAAAAUGGCGUCCGGGCGGCCCGCCGCAGGCCCCGGCCCCGCAGCGACAGGGGGAGGAAGAGGAGCGAGAGGAGGCCCGCCCCCUCGCGCAGUCUGACAGUAUUCCUUCACCGUCUGUUUCCAAAUUCUUUUGGUCCUACUUCGGACAGGGUGAAUUCUCAAGAAACAAGAUGUCAGAUGCAGGGAGUAGCACAGAUGGGAAAAUGGAGAUACCCAACGGAAGCUUGUCCAGCAGCCCAGAAGAGAUGUCUGUAGCCACGGAGGGGCGGGAGACCUCUUCCGGUGUGGAAGUGGAAGCCUCCGACCUCAGCCUGAGCCUCACUGGGGAUGAGGGCCCCCCCAACCGCGCUUCCCCGGAGAGCUCUGUAGAGGAGAGGGACUCUGACAGCAUGGAGGACGCGGGGCACUACUCCAUCACGGAGGAGAGCCGGACCUUCGACCGCUCUCACUCGGAGGAGGAGGAAGAGGAGGAGGAGGAGGAUCUCGAAGUGGAGGUGCAGCAUUCUCACCGGCGGGCGCAGCGCAAGCGCCCGAACCGGGACCGAGACUCCUCAGAUGACGAGCGAGCCCUGGAGGACUGGAUGGCGUCGGAGACGACGGCGCUGGCACGGCCACACUGGCGAGCGCUGCGGGCCCUGCGGGAGAGGGAGCUGGGCUGCGGCUCCCGCUUCGUCUACCAGGCCUGCGGGGCCCGGGUCUUCGUGCAGCGCUUCCGCCUGCAGUACGGACUGGAGCGCCACGGCGGCUGCGUGAACACCUUGCACUUUAACCAGCGUGGCUCGUGGCUGGCCAGCGGCAGCGACGACCUCAAGGUGGUGGUUUGGGACUGGGUCCGGAGGAAGCCAGUGCUGGAGUUUGAGAGUGGCCAUAAGAGCAAUGUGUUCCAGGCAAAGUUCCUCCCGAACAGCGGGGACUCGACCAUCGCCAUGUGUGCUCGUGACGGCCAAGUGCGUGUGGCCGAGCUUUCGGCCACUCAGUGCUGCAAGAACACGAAGAGGGUGGCCCAGCACAAGGGCGCGUCACACAAACUGGCCCUUGAGCCAGAUUCUCCGUGCACUUUCCUGUCGGCUGGCGAAGAUGCCGUGGUCUUCACCAUCGACCUGAGACAAGACCGGCCUGCUUCGAAACUGGUGGUGACGAAAGAGAAGGAGAAGAAAGUGGGCCUGUACACCAUCUACGUGAACCCCUCCAACACACACCAGUUUGCUGUGGGGGGCAGAGAUGAAUAUGUCCGGAUCUAUGAUCAGCGGAAGAUCAAUGAGAACGAGAGCAACGGGGUGCUGAAGAAGUUCUGCCCGCCCCACUUGGUCAACAGUGAGUCCAAAGCCAACAUCACCUGCCUGGUGUACAGCUACGACGGGUCGGAACUCCUGGCCAGCUACAACGACGAAGACAUCUAUCUCUUCAAUUCGUCCCACAGCGAUGGCGCAGAAUACAUCAAAAGAUACAAGGGGCAUCGGAAUAGCGCCACAGUGAAAGGCGUCAAUUUCUACGGCCCCAAGAGCGAGUUUGUGGUGAGCGGCAGUGACUGCGGCCACAUCUUCCUGUGGGAGAAGGCCUCCUGCCAGAUCGUACAGUUCAUGGACGGCGACAAGGGCGGCGUGGUCAACUGCCUGGAGCCCCACCCGCACCUGCCUGUGCUGGCCACCAGUGGUUUGGAUCACGACGUCAAGAUCUGGGCCCCCACGGCUGAGGCGCCCACGCAGCUGGCCGGCUUGAAGGAGGUGAUCAAGAAGAACAAGCGGGAGCGAGACGAGGACAGCCUGCACCACACGGACAUGUACGAGAGCCACCUGCUCUGGUUCCUGAUGCACCAUUUCCGGCAGAGGCGGCACCACAGGCGCCGAAGAGAUCCCGGUGUGGGUGCGACCGACAGCGACUCGGAUGAAUCCCUCAGCUCCUCGGACACGUCGGAUGACGAGGAGGAGGGCCCGGAUCGAGUGCAGUGUAUGCCUUCUUGAGGCCUCUGUGGACAGGG